AUGGAAAAGGCCAAUCAGCCUGGCAAUUUUGCGUUUCCAAAGCGAUCAUUCGGUAAAAAGAACCCUGAACUCCGUUCAUUCAACCCUCAAUGGUUCAGCGUAUUUCCAUGGAUUCACUAUGAUGAGUCCAAAGAUCUGGCGUUCUGUUUCAUCUGUAUGUCGGCUAUGAAAGAAGGCAAAAUCGCUAACUCGAAGGCAGAGUCUGCGUUCGUAUCGGCGGGCUUUUGCAACUGGAAGGACGCCACAACAAAGUACAGAAAACAUCAGCAAUCAGAAUGCCACAAGGAAGCAGUUGAAAGACAUGUUACUCUGCCAAAACAGACAAAAGACAUCGGGGAAACACUAUCUGCUGCUCACUCAGAAGAAAAGAAACACAACCGCGCCCAACUACUUACUAUCUUGAGAAACAUCCGGUUCUUGGCACGUCAGGGAGUAGCGUUACGGGGGCACGAUGAAGACGAUAGCAACUUCUUACAGCUACUCAGACUUCACGGCGAAACAGACGAGUCGAUCAUAACAUGGAUGGAGAAGAAAAGGGAGAAGUAUACAUUAACCCGACAUUCAGAACGAAGUCCUACAAAUAAUGGCACUGGGUAUUCUGCGGAAAGUAGCCUCCGACAUCAAGGAAAAUCACUUCUUCACCAUCAUGGCUGA